AUGUCCGAUUUCAUUGAACCAGAUUUUGUUGCCAAUUCAGCAAGCGAGCCCACGUCAAACCCGUUUGCGGACCCCGUCGCCGAAACGCCCCACGCAUUCGGACGCGGUACUCUUGACGAACCUGUGACCCAAACACUCAAACGGGAUCUGAUACAGAUCAACGCUAGACUAAAACAGGUGGUAUACCCAUCGUUUACAUGUUCAGGGUCAAGCGACUCCGACACCACCACUCCUUCUUCUUCUUUGCAAGGUGACCAUUGUGCAGAUCUGUGGGCCCCGCUUUUGUUCACUAUUGCGUUCAGCGUGGCUCUUUCCCGGGCAUCGUCUCAGUUCCCCCGCAUUUUUGUUCUUUCCUGGGCUUCUUUGGUCGUCCUAGCUGCCCAUCUCACACUUGGCAGCAGUAGUGACCCUGAAGAUAGCGAAAAAAUUCCAUUUUUGGCAGCAGUAUCCACCUGCGGCUACUGCUUUUUCCCACAGGUUAUCAACGCUGUUGGAAGUUCAGUUUUGUUGCCCUUAAUCGUGUCAUUUAUCCGCAACGCACAUUUGAAAUCUCGCAUACUGACCAUUGCUCGACUUGCAAUUUUCGCAGGCUGUGCAUUCUGGUCAUGUCGAUCCUCUGUCAAUGCUACCAGAGCCAGACACUUCAUUAAUCGGUAUCCGCUAGUACUCGUACUGGUAAGUCUAAAUUGGUCGUGUGUGGUGGCAUGA